AUGUACGCAUGUACUGCACUUCGGCGGGCUCUCUGCGGCCAUCCUUCGGGGAUUCAUGCUGGACCACUUCUCUUGGCUGAAUUGCCAUACCGACAGGGCAAGGGACCAACAGCAUGGGGCUGGUUCAAUGCAAAGAAAGUUCAUAAGACCCUUUGUACAGGUCAUACAACUUCUCACCUUUGUCUAGCACCAAAGUCACUAUCGAGGUGCUUUUGGUUACAGAGACACAACAUCGAUUCCAAUACCGGAUCUGUUUGGCACAACAGACUGUACUUCCCAUCCCUUGAUGCUGUGCCUCUUAAACGUGUACCUGGUGUCGAGCUUGCCAAUGUCAAGGUCGCAUCCUGGCCUCAGAUCAUCAUCGAUAUUGGCCACUCGAUCUACAUGAUUGGCAGUGUGUGCAACAGUCACCAAACGGAACGCCUCCAAACUUUCCCACUGCAAGGGCGACCUCCACUGCGGUUCGGCCCCUUCAACGUUCUAGUUCGAGUUGGUGUUGGUGUUAUCUAG